GCAACGUCAAAAAGUUAUAUUACAAAACAAGUGUCAAGGCUAAGUUAACAUAUAUACAUAAUUUCUUAUCUAAAUUCAUGAUAAACGAAAAAUAUAUUGUGUUUAUGAAAAUGGUUGUGAGUAGAAGUUUCUUUUCGUUCGGAAAAACCGUGGUAAGAAGAUUUCAACACAGAGUAGAUAUAGUUGGGAGACAAUAUUCCACUGAAGGACCUCUUUUUCCCGGAGCCAAAACAACAUGGACGGAGAACCUGGAAUUUACCGGAUCUCAUUCCUACAAACCCAUUCCAGUUUACAGAGUCCUGGAUAGACAGGGGAAUGUUGUUAACCCCGAAAAUGAUCCAAAGUUGCCCGAUAACAUUCUAGUAAAGAUGUACAAAGACAUGACGCUACUAGGUGCAUUGGACAAAGUAUUAUACGAAGCACAAAGACAAGGACGGAUAUCUUUCUACCUGACCAAUUACGGGGAGGAAGCUACCCAGGUUGGUAGCGCCGCAGCUUUAGAUACCAGUGACGUAGUUUACGGACAAUACAGAGAAGUGGGGGUGUUGAUGUGGAGAGGGUAUUCUCUGCAACAGUUCGUAGAUCAGUGUUACGGUAAUAUCCAUGAUCCAGGACAGGGAAAACAGAUGCCUGUACAUUACGGAAGCAAAGAGCUGAAUUUUGUAACAAUUUCCAGUCCUUUGAGUACCCAAAUGCCACAGGCUGCAGGUUCUGCGUACGCUCUUAGAGGAAAAAACAGAGUUGUAGCAUGCUACUUCGGCGACGGGGGAGCAUCAGAAGGAGAUGCGCACGCAGCUUUUAAUUUCGCUGCUACUUUAAACUGCCCCGUCAUAUUUAUUUGUAGAAACAAUGGUUACGCUAUCUCGACUCCAGUUGAGGAACAAUACCAAGGAGAUGGAAUUGCAGCUAGAGGUCCAGGAUAUGGAAUUAAUACGCUAAGAGUGGAUGGUAAUGAUGUUUUGGCUAUGUACAACGUGACCAAGAUGGCGAAAGAGUAUGCUCUGAAGGAAAGCAAACCAGUUCUUAUAGAAGCUAUGACUUAUAGGGUAGGUCAUCACACGACUUCCGAUGACAGUACUGCAUAUAGAGACCCAAAAGAAGUGGAGCUGUGGGCCAAAAAUGACUAUCCUACAGAUAAACUGAAGUAUUACUUAAAUAACAAAGGACUGUGGGAUGAUAAGCAGGAUAAAGAAUGGAUAGAGGCAGCUAGAAAGAAUGUUAUGGAGGCUUUUAAGGUUGGAGAACGGAAAAUGAAGCCCAAGUGGGAUAUUAUGUUCGAUGAAGUGUACAAAUAUAUUCCCGCACACUUAAAGAAACAAAAGACUGAAAUGGCACAGCACCUGAGCACCUACAAGCAACACUAUCCCCUUGACAACUUUGAAUCGAAAUAAAUUGUAAAAUAAAACAA